CAUAUUCGUUCAAAAUUCAAAUCCGAUGACAAUUAAAACGGCCGUAAACUGAAAAAGUCUACACAAGGAAGAGAGAGAAAAAGCCCCUAAAAAAAGAAAUAGUAAUAAAAAAAUACUAGUAGUAAAUAAAAGGAGCAACGCCAGUAAAAAUUGUUCCUAUUUCUGCAAGAACCACAGACAGCACCAACGAAGAACUUUAGAAAAGUCUCACUCUCCAGAGGCUGAAACUCAAACCAAAACCCCCUCCAUUGCGACGUCGUUUAGGUGACCGGCGACGGAUGCCAACCGCCGACGACAAAUCUGACGGCAAAGUGUGGGGGCUAUUCAAAAUGCCCUUCAGAAACUCGCAGCCGACGACAUCGUCUUCCUCCGAUUUCGCCCAUUACCAGCACAAUUAUGGCCACGGGAGCAACGGUCCUCAUUCCCAGGUGGAGGGAUCGAGCGCUCACAGUGGGGCUGGGAGCUCGGUUUCAUCGGUGGCCAGAUCUCUGCUCCCCACGCGCCGCCGCUUGAAGCUCGAUCCCUCUAAUAAGCUCUAUUUUCCCUAUGAGGCUGGUAAACAAGUCCGAAGUGCUAUCAAAAUAAAGAAUACAAGCAAGUCUCGUGUAGCAUUCAAGUUCCAAACAACAGAACCAAAGAGCUGUUUCAUGCGUCCUCCUGGGGCCAUUCUUGUUCCUGGCGAGAGUAUAAUAGCAACUGUCUUCAAGUUUGUAGAGGUUCCAGAGAACAAUGAAAAGCCAAUGGAUCAGAAAAGCAGGGUGAAGUUCAAAAUAAUGAGCCUAAAAGUGAAGGACGAAAUGGACUAUGUGCCCGAAUUGUUCGAUGAGCACAAGGAUCAAGUAGCUGUCGAGCAGAUACUUCGGGUAGUAUUUCUGGAUGUCGAACGCCCUAGUCCUGCUCUAGAGAAGCUAAAGCGACAAUUAGCUGAAGCUGAGGCUGAACUUGAGGCUCGUAAGAAGCCCUCAGAAGACACAGGGCCAAAGUUUGUUGGAGAAGGACUUGUGAUUGAUGAAUGGGUGAGCCUUGUCACCUUAAAAGUGCUUGUACAAAGUGAUCUAGUUCCUGUUGUUUUCUACUUAUCGAUAUCUUCUUCCUCUAUACAGAAAGAAAGACGAGAACGAUACCUGGCUCGACAGCAAGUGGAAGUUUCUCCCUGAAAGUAGUGUAUGCUCGGUGUCGAUCGGAUAAAUUUUUUUCUACUGCAUUGUACUUGCAUGAGUGUAUUUAGUAAUUCCAUUAUUGUGAAAGCUAUGUUCCGCCAAAGUGUUGUGUAGGAGAUGAUGUGGCGGUUGCAAUUGAAUCUGUCUUGACUUUCGAGUAUUUGGCUUGUUCGCAUAUACGCAUUGUAGUUUUUUUCUAAACUUAAAAAGUUUGUUUAGAUAUAUUCGAUAAAUAUAUUCGGCUCAAA